AUGGAGAGAAGCUACUUUGGCUUCUCGGUCGACUUCUUUAAGCCUAAGGACAAACAGGCGAACAUCCUGGUCGGGGCUCCCAAGGCCAACACGUCGCAUUCGGUGCCCUCCACGGUGGUGGAGCGAGGUGCAGUCUACAGUUGCCCAUGGUCAAAGACGAUAGACGCAAGCUGCCAGCAACUGCAGUUUGACAACUCUGGACCCAGGGCCCGGCCAGUCAUCAGUGUGAACGCCACCCUGGACAUAAGCCCUCAGAUCCUCAACCCUGAGGACCGCUCCUGCACCCUACCUGGAACCUCCACCCGGGUCUCUUGUUUCAAGGUCAAAUACUGUUUAAAGGCAUCUGGGAAAGGAGCUCCAGCCUUAAUCAAUUUCCAGGUGGAUCUUGUACUGGACCGUCUCAAACACAAGGGGGCGAUCAAGCGCGUGCUGUUCCUCCACAGCAAGACGUCCCAGUACAGCAAGAACAUGACGGCCAGCAACGGGCGAGGCCCCUCCUGUGAGGAGCUGGAUGCCUACCUCAUAGAUGACUCUGAGUUCCGUGAUAAGAUCACCCCCAUCAGCGUUCUGCUGGAGUACAAGCUGGACGUCCUCAGAGCUGCAGACAAAGCCAGCCUGCAGCUCAUCCUGGACCACAGCACCCCCACCAACGUGUCCAGACAGGCUCAUAUUCUGCUGGACUGUGGAAACGACAACAUCUGCAAACCAGACCUCAAGCUGUCGGUCCGCAGUGACCGGGAGCGGAUCUACAUUGGCGACGACAACGCCCUGACGCUGGAGGUGACGUCGGAGAACGGGGGGGAGGGGGCGUACGAGGCCGAGCUGCACGUCACCCUGCCCCCCCAGGCGGACUUCACCGGCGUGGUCCGCAACAGCCAGACCCUGUCCAGACUGUCCUGUGCCUACAAGAGGGAGAACCUGACGAGGCUAGUGGUGUGUGACCUGGGAAACCCCAUGAAGGGAGGAACUAAGUUGGUAGCAGGUCUGCGUUUCAGCGUCCACCAGCUGUCCGAGCAGGACACCUCCGUCCAGUUCAACCUGCAGAUCGUCAGCUCAAACCAGUUUAACAACACCAGCGUGGUGGUGUCCAGUCUGACCCGCCUGGCUGUGCUGGCUCGGGUGGAGGUACGAGGGGUGUCCGCUCCAGACCAGGUGUUCCUCCCCAUCGCUAACUGGCUGCCUAAAUCCCCUCCGGUCGUGGAAGACGACAUUGGGCCCAUGGUGCAGCACAUCUACGAGCUGCGCAACAACGGCCCCAGCACCUUCAGCAAGGCCAUGCUGGACGUGCAGGUGCCCUACCGCCUACUCAACUCCUCCCUCCUCUACAUCAUCAAGUACGAGGUGGACGGGCCCAUGAACUGCUCCACCAGCAUGGAGAUCAACCCGCUCAACGUGUCUGGCGCGGCGGUUGCCGUGGAGAGGAACGCGACGGUGUUUUCCCCCGGAGACCGCGUGGAAGGGCGGAGCCGCGUGCACCGGAGAGACUUGCCGGAGGGAGACCUAGGAACCCUGGACUGCAGCACAGCCCAGUGUCUGGAGAUCAAGUGCCAGGUGGGUCGUAUGGAGCGCGGGCGCAGCGCCAUCCUCUUCAUCCGCUCCCGGCUGGGCGUGGCCACCUUCCUCAAGGCCGAGAACCAGAACCGGUCCUAUGUGGUUCGUUCCUCGGCCUCCUUUGUCGUGAUAGAGAUGCCCUACAAGAACCUGGUCUCUGAGCUGCCAGCCAACACCACCACGGUGAGCACGGCGGUGGUGUGGGUGGCCAUAGACAGCCGCCAGCCGGUGCCAGGCUGGGUGAUCGCCCUGGCAGUGCUGUCUGGUCUGCUGCUGCUGGCUCUGCUCUGCCUCGUCAUGUACAAGCUGGGUUUCUUCAAGCGCGUGCGCCCCCCCCAGGACGACAGCACUGAGAAGGAGCGGUUGCAGCCCCAGGAGAACGGGGACUCCAACACAGACACCUGAGUCCCCCCCCCCCCCCCCCCCCCCACUCGACAGUUCUAUUUAGACCUUAAUUUAUCUACUAAUGACGGAAUGACUUACUAGAACGUGUCCAUGGCAACCAGGUGGACGAGUCCCUGUGUUGUGGUAGCUGUGGUCACCUAGCAGUUAGUUCCUUCGAUCGAUCGAUCAAUCACAGAACUGUCAUUAAUUGUGAUUCAUUCAUUGAUUACCAAUCCUGCUGUUAAUCUUUAGUUAAGGGAAGCUUCAAACAUGAGCGUGCCUGAAAAUAAUCCUGUAUCUUAAUCUGUGUGUGAGUGUGUGUGUGUGUGUAACAGAGAGAGAGAGAGAGAGAGAGAGGGAAAAAGUGUGUGUGAAUGUGUGUGUGGCACGCUGGUUACUGAGUGAGGUGUAAAUUAGGUCUUGCCCAUAUUGGGCGACUAGAUUUGGAAGUUGAUUUUUAACCUUUUUCUAGAUGACAUAGUCGUUAGUAUUACUUCACGCUCCAGCAGGUUUCUGAAACGUGCGUUAACCUCACACCUGCACUCCUGCCCCCCAAACACUGUCUCGGCUCAACCACCAGACAUCAUACUACCCUGCUGAAUACAUGUUACUGUAUCUCUCACUGACCCCUCAAUAAAGUCAAGUCUCACAUCCUG